AUGUCCAGAGACAAGAAGCGGAAGCGACACCGUAAGUCUGAGGAAGGCACUUCAGAGCAUGUGGCAAAGAAGCAGGCUACGGAACCACUACCAGAGGGCGUCCACUUUUACCAACAUCUAUCAGAGGUGCCCUGGGAUAUCCAAAAAUAUUGGAAGCAAGGCUACGAGAUCUUCUCAAGAUACGACGAAGGUAUCUGGAUGACGGAUAAUUCAUGGUUCGAAGUGACACACGAGGCCAUCGCCAGCAAGAUUGCCAAUCAUCUCGGCCAAGGAGCACCGAAAGAACGAGUCGUGGUACUGGAUCCUUUCUGUGGUGUCGGUGGCAACGUCAUUGCUCUAGCACAGUCCGAUCGAUUCAAGCGGGUGUAUGCGAUCGAGAAGGACCCGGUAGCACUGACAUGCGCCAAACAUAACGCUGAGAUCUACGGCGUAGCCGACAGGAUAACGUGGUUCGAAGGCGACUGCUUCGAGCAACUAGGCAAGGAUGACAACUCAGCCCUUGUGAACUUGAUACGAAAGCACGGCGUUGUGAUUGCGAGUCCACCUUGGGGUGGUCCUUCCUACAAAAGCGCGGACGUCUUCGACCUAGAAACGAUGGAGCCAUACAAGCUAUCAGAGCUUCAUAAAACGUUCACGGGGAUAUGCGACUAUGUUGCUCUUUACCUGCCCAGAACCAGCGAUCUCAAUCAGGUGUCGAGAUUGGUCGGCCGUGGAAACUCCCAAGUCAUACACUACUGUACAAGAGGCAUGAGUCGGGCGCUAUGUGUCUACUUCGGCGACUGGGGCAAGAUUGAGGAGCGAAUAGACAUCUAG